AUGACACCCAACAUCUCAGCGUCGACAGCUUCCGACAAAGCCGAGUUCUAUCAGGACCUGGAGCUUCAGAUCCAAGGCGUCACCGACGGCCAGCGCAACUGGGUAACAAACUUGGCAAACAGCUCGGCAUUGAUCUACCACGGCCUGCGAGCCGUCACCGACAAACCCAUCAACUGGGUCGGCUUCUACGUCCUCGACCAAUCCUCCCCAUCUACGAAACAGGCUCUGAUCCUGGGACCCUUCCAGGGAAAAGUGGCAUGCACCAACAUUGAUUUCGGAAGAGGUGUCUGUGGAACUGCGGCUGCUGAGGCGCGGACGAUGUUGGUGAAGGAUGUGCAUGAGUUCCCAGGACAUAUUGCGUGUGAUGCUGCUUCUAAUUCAGAGGUUGUCGUGCCUUUGGUGCUCGAUGGGCGAGUGAUUGGAGUGCUGGAUCUGGAUUGCGAGGUGACGGAGGGGUUUGAUGAGGUGGAUCAGGCUGGAUUGGAGGUUGUGGCCAAAUACCUCGUCCAGGCCUGCGACUGGCGCGGCGUCAUCUAG